AUGUCUUAUGCGCAAGAAUUGGUUUAUAUCGACGAAUUGUUAAAUUCUUCGGAAACGGUUGAACUCCUUCGCGACCCUCCUUAUCCGCUAAUCCUAUCCAUUGAAGAACUCACGAAGGCACCGGAAAUGAAACGUGCGUCGAAAAGAACACCGUAUACAAUUCCCCGUUCACCGAAUCCGUUCUUCAUCUUCCGAAAAAACCAGGCCGCAAGGAUGAAAUUGGAGAAUGAGAAGUCGCACACUUCGGAAACAUCAAAGAAAGUGGCGAAAAUUUGGAGAAAGCAAGAUGUGAGAGUGAAGAAGUUUUUUGAAGCCUUGUCAUUGUUGGCCAAGAAGAAUCACAUGUUGAAGUAUCCGGAUUACAAGUUCCAGCCAAAGAAAAAAACCGACCUCACCUUUUUUCACGUGCAACCACGGUAUCUUAAUGAGGUCGAUGUUAGAGACGGAAUUUCUUUUGGUUCCGUCAGAUCAGACAUGUCACCGUCAACUACGCUCGAAUCUUAUUCUGCUUCCACGACUCCUGUUUCUCGCGUUUUAUCACAAUCUCAAGUUCUCGGACGUUCUCACUUCUCCUUGCCUUCGCUAUCUUCUGAUCCCAUAUCGCUCUCUUCAUACAUUCAACCCAACCACGAAACGCUGUAUUUGGCCGAGCCUCCAAACAUGCAACCAUCUUCGGGAUACACUUACAUCAACCCCGAGCUCUCACUCUCUUCUACAAUUUUCCUGAAUUCCAUUGCAUCACAUUUACCAUCCUCUUCCAACCCCCAUUCAUUAUCUCCUUUACCCAUCUUUCCCUCCAACGAAGUUUCAUCUCUAUCGUUCAUUGAUUAUUUCGUGGAUGAGGAACCUUCAUUGUUUUGA